CGGUGGAGUGGCGGGGGGUGCUUUGGCAAUCGAAAGCGGGUUUGUGCAGAGCGCGGGAGACAAAGGGAACAAGAAAGGAGCAAGGGAUCUGCUGCACAAGUUGGACAGUGUUCAACACUUGGAAGUUAGCAACCCAUCUGGUCUUGUUCCAUUAUGGCAUCUGCAUCAGCUGAUAUCAAGGUGAAAGAAUUGGACAAGAGAUCUUCUGGACAGGCUUUUGAGUUGAUCCUGAGUCCACCUGCAGCUGAAGCUAUUCCAGAGUUUCCCCUCUCUCCUCCUAAGAAAAAGGAUCUUUCAUUGGAAGAAAUCCAGCGUAAACAUGAAGCUGCAGAAAUCAGGCGAAAGUCACAUGAGGCAGAAGUGCUAAAGCAGUUGGCUGAAAAACGUGAGCAUGAAAAGGAAGUGCUCCAGAAAGCUAUUGAAGAAAACAAUAAUUUCCGGAAAAUGGCAGAAGAGAAACUGACCACCAAGAUGGAAGCUAACAAAGAAAAUCGUGAAGCUCAACUAGCAGCCAAACUGGAGCGCCUAAGGGAGAAGGAAAAGCGGAUGGAAGAAGUGCGAAAGAGUAAAGAGAUCAAAGAAGAAAGUGAAGAUUAGCUCCAUGUCAAUACUUUUUGUUUGGAAUUUGAGGAUUUUCAAACAUCCAAAGAUGUGUUUUUUUUUAAAUGGCCAGUGUGUUAUUGGGAACUCCUAAUUUGUAAUAAUGCUGUUAAGUGUGCAACUGCGAGCCAAAAGCUGACCAGUGUGGAAGCUUGUAUUUUGUAUGCUUUUCACUUUUUUUGUAAGCAAUCUUGUGGAUUAUUCUUCCCUUGUUUUCCCCUUUCUACCCCCCAGCCAAACCCCAUGUAGAUAAAUGGAGCUCCUGUGUUUUUUUUUCUACAAGUAGUGAAUUGAAUGGAAUUGCUGGUUCAAGUUUUUCCUUUUGUGAAAUGUGUAACUUAAGCAUGCUUUACUGAUGUGUUACACGUCUAGUCUGUGUGUAACUGUGUAAACCUGCCUAACCUUUACAUCUGCCUUGGUUUCAAUAAAACUGCACCAUUGAUGUUAA